AUGUGCAUCAACAGCAAAACAAGGCACAAACCCCCAGUUGAUUGUUUGCUGAUGCUUCCGCUGCCGCUGUCCCUGCCGCUGCCGCUGCUGUUGCUGCUGGUAGUGGGCAGCCUAGAUGUUUGCCAAGGAGAUGAACUACUGACAACCGGCAAAGGCAUUGAGCUGCCAACAUUUAGGCCACUGUUGAAUGUAGACAAUGCUGUUGGUACCGAUGGCAGCUCCGAUUUUGAGCAACUCAUCGAGUCGAAACUUAACGAAUCAGCCAGCCAAACAAUGCAGACAACUCAAGAGCUGCUGUCGAGGAAGCGACGCUAUUUGGUAUUUCCGGAGGGCAGCUCCUUUCAAAUGGUUUUCGAUGAAAUCAUUUGCGUUGUGGACUACACCAACUAUUUGGUACUGGGCAUUACCGUUGCCCUCGCCUAUGAAUUACCCAGUAAACCGCCAAGCGAAGCGCUCGAGGAUCUAUUACUCAAGCUAGAAGAGGGCACCAUAGACGUUAGUCGCAAUGACACUGCGUCCAACAUAACGUAUGUGGAUGAAGCCAAUAAGCCGGCAGCCAACAACAAUAAUAACAAUAACAAUAACGGCUAUAAGCCCAACUACAUCAAUUUGUCAAAUACUGGGGGAGUUGUUGGAGACAAUAGUGGCACCUAUAAUUCUUACUACAGCAGUUCACCGGUGUUUCGCACACCCAUGCAUCCAACGUAUCAGCAUGUGGACAACUACUAUAGACGACCCAUUAUUCCGGCCAGACGCAAGGACAGUCACUACUAUGUCAACAGUAGACCGAUGGGCAGCACUCGGAAUCCCUUCCAGAAAUACAGGCAGCGUUGGAGUCAGGCACACAACACACGCUAUCCCUACUGGGCAUUGGGUUCGCAGUAACGGCAUAACUAUUAUAGUCCAGCCAAGAAGCAAAUUCAGCACAACAGCUACUACAGACCAGCCCCACCCAAAUCGAAAUCGGAGCAACCGCGCCAUCAUAAAAUCUAUCCGGUGUUUGGCAAACGCAGCAUCCCAGAUGCAGAAAUUCCCCAUCAUCGUCACAGACGCAGCGGAGUCGCCAGUGUGCCAGAUGCAGAUCUAACCAAUAUGGAGGGCAUACAGAUCAAGUAUCAUCGCAACAGUCGCCAAAAGUUGUAUGAGCGAAUCGAAAAGUAUUUGGAUAAACGUGGUCACAAUGGUCAUCAGUGUGUGCUACGCACUCUUUGCGAAACCGGACAAAAAUCAAAUGAAAAGGAGCCCGGCAGCUUUGUUGGCGAACUGUUGCGUGCUGUAUUUACCAUACCCGAGGCACUGGACCAUGAACCAGUUGCCUAUCGAGACACCCGCUACGACAAAGCCCAUGCCCAUAAGAAUGAUUGUGCAGUGCUCUUUCCGGAGUGUAAGCAUUCCAUCUGGGAUGCACCAUUUAUACAAUAAAGUAUUACCAA